GUGAAAAUUAUAAGCAUGAGAAAUCUCCGCAAAGCAGAUCUGUUGAGCCAAACUGAUUGCUAUGUCAAGCUGUGGCUGCCAACAGCUUCAUGUCGAGAAGCCCGGACAAGAACUGUACGCAACUGCAAAAACCCUGUCUGGAAUGAAACUUUCCACUUCAUGAUACAGAGGGAAGUAAAGAACAUCCUGGAGCUGACAGUCUGUGAUGAGGACACUCUUACACCAGAUGACCAGCUUUUGACGGUUCGCUUUGAUGUAGCUAAAAUCCACCCUGGAGAAAAAGUUCACCUCAAUUUUGAGUUGAAUCCAAAGUCUCGUGAAGUUUCCCAUUUGGAAGUACAUGUGAAUGAAACAAAAAGGAAGAGCCCUUACACAAGGAGAGAUUUCACGUUCACAAUGAGAGGAUCUUAUGAAGGGACUCAGGAUGUUUCCCUCAGUCCUUGCUGCAGACGAGGAAGCAGUGAAACCACCGUGUUCCACUAUGUCAAGCACAGUCAACCCAGGCUGCACAUGACCCUGCCAAAGGAGCACUUUUUCUGUGGUCGUGGAUCACCUAAGAAAGUGGAUGUAAGCAGUCCCCUGGCCGUGCCUCUCCGUUCUCUGGACUUGGAAAAGAAAGUGACAGUGAUGAGAGGUGAAUCUUACGAGGUGUCUGUGAAGGAAGAAGAUGGUCGCAAGAAUUUAGAUCUGCGGCUGGGGUUUGAUCUAUGUGCAGAGGAGCGAGAUUUCAUCUGUAAAAGGAAGAAGGUGGUUGCUGCUGCUCUGAAAAGUGUUCUUCAUCUAGAUGAAGACCUGCAGGAGGAUGAGGUGCCAGUGGUGGCAGUCAUGACCACGGCAGGGGGAGUGCGUUCCAUGACAGCUAUGUUUGGCAGCCUGCUGGCUCUCCAGGAGUUAGGUGUUCUGGAUUGUGUCUCGUACAUCAGUGGUUUAUCUGCCACAACAUGGACCAUGGCAAGGUUAUAUGAAGAUGCAAAUUGGUCACAGAAGGAUCUCAGAGGACCAGUUGGUGAUAUCAGGAAACAUGUGGCCAAGAGCAAGCUGCACUCUUUCUCAUUGGAUCAUAUGAAAUACUAUGAAAAGGAGCUUUGUGAAAGAAAGCGAGAGGGGCACAAUCUGUCCUUUACAGAUUUAUGGGGGCUUUUCAUUGAUUGUAUGCUGCAUCAUCAGGAAAGUACUCACAAACUCUCUGAUCAGCAACUGGCAGUAAAUCAGGGGCAGAAUCCGCUGCCCAUAUACCUGUCCCUCAAUGUCAAGGAUGACUUUAGCACUCUGGAUUUUAAAGAAUGGGUGGAGUUCACACCUUAUGAGGUGGGUUUCCUGAAAUACGGGGCCUUUGUUCAUUCAGAGGAUUUUGGCAGCGAGUUCUUCAUGGGUCACCUGAUGAAGAAGAUCCCAGAGUCCCGCAUCUGCUUCUUGGAAGGCACAUGGAGUAAUAUAUUUUCCCCCAGUUUUAUGGAUGCUGUCUACCUCUCUGGUCAUUCAGAGGACUUCUGGCACAGAUGGACCCGAGGCACUGAGCAUGACAUUGAGGAGCACCCUGCUCUGCCCAAGAAGCCUCACGAACAGGCAACUAGCAUAUCCAUUCCCAAAGGUUGCCUUUCUAAUACUCUUCGAGAAAUGAUGACCGGACGGCCAGUGGUUUCAACUUACCACAAUUUCCUCAAGGGCUUGCAGCUGCAUAACAACUAUUUAGAGAACGAGAGCUUUUGCAUGUGGAAAGACACAGUGCUGGAUACUUCUCCCAACCAGCUGAAUGCAAUGGGUGACUACCUCCAGCUGGUAGAUACAGCUUUCUUCAUCAACACCAGCUGCCCUCCACUUCUGAGACCAGAGAGGAAAGUGGAUGUCAUUUUGCACUUAAAUUACAGCGGAGGAUCACAGACUCUGCCCCUGGACCUGUUCUCAGAGUACUGUUUGGAGCACAGGAUCCCAUUUCCUGGCACGGAACUGAGCCAGGAAGACCGGGAGCACCUGAAGGAAUGUUAUGUAUUUGAGGACAGCUUGGAGGCACCAAUAUUAGCCUAUUUCCCACUGGUGUGUGAUACCUUCCAAAAAUACAAGGCACCAAAUGUGGAGCGCAGUCCCACAGAGAUGGAGCAGGGAAAGGUCGAUGUGCCCAGCUGUGUUGGUUCCUAUGGCACUGGUCUGCUUACAUACACUGAAGAGGCUUUCAACAGGUUGCUGAACCUGUGCAGCUACAACAUCCUGAACAAUAAGCAUUUAAUUCUUCAGGCUUUGCGAACUGCAGUGGAACGAAAGAAGCGGUUUAAAAACUGUUCGUCACCUCGGUUGUCUAAAAUUUCUUAA